AUGAGACUCAGGCGCUUUACCGCUCACUGCAACACGCUAUGUUGUAUCUCGUCUUCGGUAAACGGAAACAUCAUUGCUCGGGAUAACACGACAGCAUCGACAGAAAACCUGCAGACUUGGUGGCAUAGCACUGGAGAGAUCAAUUAUCAGACUCCGGUAGGGGAGAACAACGUCCGCCAGUCCCAUGUCUACUCUAUGUGGGUCAAGGCUACAGGCGACCCAACAAACACCUAUUAUGAGUCAUUUGUGUACGAAACGAUACCACGGAACGGACAAGGCCAGAUUACUAUCCCCGGAGACCCAUCAUCGACGACUACAGAGUAUGACGAUGUGACCAUUGAGGCAGCAGUAUGGGUCACCAUGGGCUGGACGCAAUUCCUCUACGGUGCAGAUACCUGGCUAAAGGUCGCUCGGUAUGGCAACAAUCCCUCCGUGGCAGCCAACGUGGUGAUCCGGCCCACAAACCUAAACCUGACGGUGACCGACGAUGGAGCGGGUAAUAUUGACAUAUUAGUUCCUUACCGCAGUCAGGGCAUAAAGUUCUCAGUGGAGUUUCAAGACAACCUGUACGAUUAUCAUACCAGCUGCUCCUCACCUGCGUGCGAUUUUAUCCAAGACUGGAAUCCAGAUGGGCCAUACUACGUCUCUAACUUCACCGACGAUAACCCGGUGGUCGCCGUUGAGCCACACGAUGCUUUGCUUAUCUUUGCGAGCCCUUUUCCAACUUCAGACCUGGUUCCUGAUCAAACCGCGCCGGAGACUUACGUGGUCUGGCCUGGUGCUGUUCCAGACCUAAGCUCUAUCGUCAACAAGGUGGUUUUUUUCACCCCUGGAGUCCACUAUAUGUCCGGGAGUUGGCACGCUACACUGUCUAGCUCCGUCAGCUGGGUGUAUCUUGCGCCAGGAGCCUAUGUCAAAGGCGCAUUCGAGUUCACAACGUCAGCUAGUAUCAUCAAGGCCACCGGUCUUGGCGUUCUCUCAGGCGAACAGUAUGUGUAUCAGGCUAAUGUUGCCUAUAAUUACACCGGCGUGAAGAGCAACGAAGACUCAUUGCGCAUGUGGUCUGGAUACAGUACUCCUGGCAAGCAACAGAGCUUCCAGAUCAACGGUCUCACGACAAACUCUCCACCUUUCAAUAGUAUAGACUUCACUGGGGAUUUGGACACUAUCUCAAUUGUACAGCGAGAUUACAAGCAGGUCGGUGCCUACUUCGGUCAGACUGACGGGACGACCUUGUACGCCGGUUCUUCUGUAGAAGAUACAUUUUACCAUUCCGGAGACGAUACCAUCAAGACGUACGGUUCGGAUGCGUCGGUCCGUGACGUAAUUGUGUGGAAAGGCAAAACUGCUCCUGUCAUUCAAUUCGGUUGGGCGGCUCGCGAACUGAGGAACGUCACCGUGGACGGAGUAGAUGUCAUCCACAUGAAAUACAGCAGCAACGGGUCGCACCCGAGCAUCAUCGGCGCCAACCAGGUCUACAACGUUCCCGAGACCCAGACUGAUACGGCGGACCUCUCUAAGUGGACGUCGGAUAUAUACUUCGGAAACAUCAGAGCCGAAGGCAUUGGCGGAAAUCUCCUAAGAAUCUGCCCGCUCACGAACUACCGCAAUGUCGUGGUGGAGAACGUCAGUCUCGAGGCUUUCAGUGUAUCAAGCAACGGAAUUUACGAAAGCCAACUGCCAGUUUUUACGGAUGCAAAUGGGAAGAGAGGCACUAUGGACUUGUUGAUUAAGGGUUUCACCGUUGGCGGCGCAUAUACUACUCAUAGAGCUACUACCCGCGGGCCGGACGCUUACGGAGGCCUGAACAUCGCACCCGAAUUCCUCGAGAGCGGAGAGGUGGUCGUUUCCUUGAAUUCUAUUUGA